AUGCUUCGAACACGAAGUACGGGCGGAUCUGUUAGGGAAACAUUGUCUAAAGCGCUUCGAUCAACGCUGGGUAGAACAUCUUCUGUAGAGAGGAAGGCUCUCCCGGAUUAUCCAAAAUAUGGAACUGCGCUGACUUCGACGACAUCAACGGCGUCAUCACCGAAGGAUGGUAGCUCGGAUAGUGGAGAUGGGGAUUCACCGAGACAUCGGAAGUAUUCGAGCAAGGAUUGCGCUCGAAUCUACUUCAGCAAUACUAGCAGUGAAUAUUCUUCCCGUUCAAAUUCCAGUACUCCACGUCGAAUUCGUCACACAACUUCGUCUUCUGGAUACGGCAGUCUCAGUCAUCUUCCUCCAAUCGUUCAUCGGAAAAGUCAAGAUCCUUUGAACUCUCUGAUGUCGCAAAGCAUGUAUGUGCAGUCCGCUGGAGUUCUCAACGAAGAAAGGAAGCCAACAUCUUUGUCGCAAAGAAGACUUUACUACGAGGAUUCUACGGAAACCUACAUACCGUCCUCGCCGAGUUUAACAACUCUAAAAGAUUUUAUGAUGACCAACGAAGAUGACACGUUUGAAGACGAUUUCGAUUAUGAUAACGAUGAUGUCAAAUCAGUGAUUUCUUCUGCGUCAACCAGUCGACUAUUCUCCGUAGACUGCAGAAUGUCAAAGUAUCAGAAGAAUCAUUCACUCCGUCAGUUUUUGAAUUCUCCAGGUAUACUUGUGUGA